UAACAAAUAUUAAACAUUAUCUGAUUUUCUUUUUCUUUUGUGGCGUUUACGUGAAGGAUGUGAAAACCUUACAAUUUUCAAAAGGAACGAACGACAGAACAAAAUACAACAUGCCUUGGUUUCCUUCCAUUUCCCACAUUUCAGAUUCCAAAGUUUGAAACUUUCUCCCAUAAUCUCUAACCCAGAUAAGUUUUUAAUUCAUAUCAAAUUCUGGGUCUUUUUUAAAUUUGUUGUGUUUCCUUUUCACCAAUCUUACAAGAAAGGAAAUUUCAUUCUCCUUCAAAUCUGAGUUGGGUUGUUGUUCUUGUCCCCUCUCUGAGUUGGGAUUUGUAUCAGCAGAAACAAAUCCUGAUUUGGAGAGAUGGGUGUGUUUGUAUUCAAUGUUUUCAGAUUCUUUGCAUCUUAGUGUUCCAUUAUGAUAAGAACAGAACCUAGUUGAUUCUUCAGUAAUACAAUACAAGUUUGAGCCUUUUUGAGCAUGUUGUUAUGUUGUUCUUGUAUCAAUUUAGCUUUUGAAUAUUCUGCUAAGUUUAGAAGCUUAUUUGAAGCUCUUUUCUACUAAAUUGUUAUUUUUCUUGAAAUCCCUUGUGUUUUUUAUUGAUUAGUUAUCUUGUGUAUGCAAUUGAAAGAAAAGGGUAGUUUUUUUUUUAAUGUGGUUGAGUGGAUCGAACUUUGAUUGUUGUGGACUAGGAGGGUUGGUUUUUUUUCAUUAGUUCGUUUACUUUUUGAUUGUUGGGUUCUAAAUGGGGAGGAAAAAGAAGCAAGUAGGAGAAACAAGUGAAGAGAAUGGGAAUCAUAGCAAUGUCGAGGAUAAAAGCCCGAAUGCGUAUGAUAAUGAUACCUUGGUGUUUAUAUCCAUGGCUCAAGAGUUGAAGGAAGAAGGUAACAAGAUGUUCCAAAAGAGGGAUGUUCAAGGAGCUUUGGUGAAGUAUGAGAAAGCUCUCAAAUUGCUUCCAAGAAAUCAUAUAGAUGUUUCGUAUUUGCGGAGUAACAUGGCUGCGUGCUAUAUGCAGAUGGGACUUGGUGAGUAUCCUAGGGCAAUUAAUGAAUGCAAUUUGGCUCUUGAAGUUACUCCUAAAUAUACUAAAGCUUUGUUGAAAAGAUCAAGGUGUUAUGAGGCUUUGAAUAGAUUGGAUUUAGCAUUGAGAGAUGUUAGUAGUGUCUUGAAGACGGAGCCGAAUAAUAUCAUGGCGUUGGAGAUCUCAGAUAAGGUGAAACAUGCGCUUGAAGUUAAAGGGCUAAGAGUGAAUGAUGAGCAAAUAGAGUUGCCUCCGGAUUAUGUUGAAACUCCUUACGCCUUGCCUUCUGAAAAGGUAGUGAAAGAAAAGAAACACAAGAAGAAGAGCAAAAAAGAUAAGGUUAAGGCUACCAAUGAAGUUGUAGAAAAUCAAGUUGAGGAGAAACAAGAAGAGAAGAAAGAUGAGGACAAUAUUGUGGCAAAUAAAGCUGAGGAUGAGCAGAAAGAGAAAAAGGCUAAUAAAUCUAAAAAGAAGGCGGCAAAGGAAAAAAUUGAUAAGCAGAAAGAUGAUGUUAAGGAGGUCAAUGAAGAAAAAAGUAAUGGUAGAAGUGAAGAUGUACUUAAGAAAACAGCAAAACUUGUUUUUGGCGAUGAUAUAAGAUGGGCUCAGUUGCCGAUUAAUUGCAGCCUCUUUCAGCUAAGAGAAGUUAUUUGCGACCGGUUCCCAAGCCUAGGAGCACUUCUUGUCAAAUAUAGAGAUCAAGAAGGUGAUUUGGUCACAAUCACUUCUGAUGAAGAAUUAAAGUUGGCUGAAACAGGAUCACAACAAGGUUCUGUUCGACUGUAUAUAGUAGAAGCUAAUCCUAAUCACGAUCCAUUCUACGAGAAACUUCAUGUGAAGGAUGUGGAAAAGGUUGACAUUGAUAAUGCUCCUAAGAAUGGUUGUGCGGUGAAAUCAAACGAAAUCAUUAGCUCAUCUUGUGUUGAGGAUUGGAUAAUUCAGUUUGCACAAUUGUUCAAGAAUCACGUUGGAUUCGAGUCCGACCGGUAUUUAGAUUUUCAUGAACUUGGGAUGAAGCUCUAUUCAGAGGCGGUGGAGGAGAUGGUUACAAGUGAAGAAGCACAAGGACUAUUUGACAUGGCGGGAGGUAAGUUCCAAGAGAUGACAGCUCUAGCAUUGUUCAACUGGGGAAAUGUGCAUAUGUCAAGGGCAAGGAAGAAAGUUUAUUUAACCGAAGAUUCUUCUAAAGAGCAUAUCAUUGAACAAAUCAAAAGUUCAUAUGAAUGGGCGCAGAAAGAGUACACAAAAGCUGGAGAAAAAUACGAAGCAGCCAUCAAAAUUAAGUCAGAUUUUUAUGAAGGCUUCCUUGCUCUAGGUCAGCAGCAGUUCGAACAAGCUAAACUUUCUUGGUAUUAUGCACUCAGUUGUAAUAUAAAUUUAGCAACACCGCCGUCUACAGAGAUUCUUCAGCUUUACAACAGUGCUGAGGAGAAUAUGGAGAAAGGAAUGCUGAUAUGGGAAGAAUCACAAGAGCAGCAGUUGAGAGACAUUAGUUUACAUACGCAUAAUUUCAGGUUGGACGGGCUACUAAAAAACAUUUCAUCAGAUGAAACUGCUACAAUGGCGGCAAACAUGAGGUCUCAGAUAAAUCUCUUGUGGGGCACCAUGCUAUACGAACGCUCAAUUGUGGAACUCAAAUUAGGGUUACCUGUAUGGCAUGAAUCUUUGGAAGUUGCAGUUGAGAAGUUUGAAAAUGCAGGAGCUUCUCCCACAGAUAUAGCUGUAAUGUUGAAAAAUCACUGUUCAAAUAACACUGCUGUAGAUGGUCUAGGUUUCAAAAUUGAUGAAAUAGUACAGGCAUGGAAUGAGAUGUACGAAGCUAAAAAGUUGCAGAAAGGAGUUUUGUCGUUUCGUUUGGAACCUUUGUUCAGAAGAAGAGUAUCGAAAAUUUACCACGCCUUUGAGCUUGUGUGAGUUGCAUCUUUUUCUGCAAGUUGUUGAAGAUUAACAGAACUGACACUCACAUAGGUUGCUUCUGUGCCUGAAAUGCUAUUGUCAUCAUAAGGUUUGUUUGGCUAUUUUCUGGAGUUUGGUUUCUAGUUCUACAUUGUAGUUAUAGAGAAAAGAAGGGAAAAAAAACUAUUCUUUGCAUUGUGCUUCGGUGUUCCGACAACUUAGGAGUUUGUGAGUUUGUUUACAGGCUGGGAAGAUGGAGAUGCAGGAAUUGCUUUUAACUCAAUAUCUGCAUUUGCUCACAUUGUGUUCCCUUUAUGAUUAGAUUUAGGAUGUUUUGAAUUUAUACAGAGAGGAGUGGGAGAUAUAUAUUUGUUAGUUUGUUUUCCUGUUUUCUUUGUUAUGUAAUUUAUUCAUUUGUAAACUAUUUGUUCAGUUAGUAUUUCUUCAUCAGAUUUCUUUGUACUAGAUGAUUAUUGAACUUAGUAGUUUAAACUAUUGGAGGUUACUUUCCCCACUCCCAAGUCCCAACAUUAUUUUGGAAUUA